GGAGGGAGGGGGGUGGCGCGCUGCGGAGGCGAGAGAGAGAGGAGACAAGCGUAGCGAAGAGAGGAGAGAGUGUAUCAUUCCACACUCUCAAAUGCGAGAGAAAGCGAGAGAGCGGGGGUGGGAGGGGGCUGAUUCUUCUGCGAUGCCAAUGUAUCAGAUUCCUGGGACAUCCAUCAUACAUUGAAGCCAGACAGACAGACAGACACACACACACAAACACAUCCCUCCUCUCAUCUCCUCUUCUCUCUCCACCCCCAAUCUCUCUGCCCAUUUCUCCCUCCCUCCCUUCAUCCCUGCGCCUGUUGCGAUGGAUUCCGCUGUAGUGGUUUCGGCACCGGGGAAGGUGUUGAUUACGGGAGCAUAUUUGGUCCUGGAGCAGCCGCACGCUGGAUUGGUGGUCUCGACGUCGGCUCGAUUUUAUGCAGUCGUGAAGCCCAUACAUGAAAACUUGGCUCCCGACAGCUGGUCAUGGUCUUGGUCUGAUGUGAAGGUUAUUUCACCGCAACUUGGAACGGAGACUGAUUACAAAUUCUCUCAUCGUGAUCUUAGUCUUCGGCGGGUUUCAAGUGAAGGUAGCAGUUCUUUCGUGGAACAAGCAGUGCAGCUUUCUGUAGCAGCUGCCAAGGCUGGGUUUACUGGAGCUUCCAGUGAAGAGCGUGAACAUUUUAGGGAUCAAUUGCUGCAAGGACUGGAAAUUACAAUUUUGGGUAGCAAUGAUUUCUAUUCCUUCCGCAGGCAGCUUGAAGCGCGAGGACUCCCAUUGACACGCUCAAGUCUUGCUGCACUUUCUGCGUUCUCAUCCAUCUCAACCAACACCCAGCCAGGAGAAGACGAAAUCGCUCUACCCGAAGUUGCGAAGACCGGACUGGGUUCGUCAGCAGCAAUGACCACUGCAGUAGUCGCCAGUCUGCUCCAAUAUUUUGGUCGGGUUGAUCUACCAUUGCACGGGGCUGCCAAGGAAGAUGUGGAGACAGACCUUGAACUUGUACAUUCUGUUGCUCAAGCAGCUCACUGUGCUGCCCAGGGAAAGAUAGGCAGUGGAUUCGAUGUGAGCUGUGCUGUUUACGGUAGCCAACGUUAUGUCAGAUUCUCGCCUUCUGUCCUGUCAUCAGUUCAGGCUAGCGGCAGGUUGAUUACGCCUUUGGAAAUUAUGAAGCAAGUUUUAGCUGAAAGCUGGGAUGGUGAGAGAUUGGCUUAUGCACUUCCUCCUGGUCUUAUGCUGGUUGUUGGAGAACCUGGAUUUGGAGGCUCUCAUACUCCUUCUAUGGUAGGAGCAGUACAAGCCUGGCGUAAGCGGGACCCUGAGAAAGCUACUCCUAUAUGGAACGCUCUGGCCGAAGCGAACCUAAGUGUAGAAAAGGGUCUCCUUCACCUCAAAACUGUAGCUGGGUCUGGAAAAUUUUACGAGAAUAUCUUAGAAUCUUGUAGCACCAGUUCUGCUGACAAGUGGAAAAUAUUACAUGGUGACACACCAGGAAGUCUUGAAGUGGUGAUGUCUCUCUUGGAGACAAGGCAGGCAUUCCUUCAGGUGCGGUCUCUUUUGAGGCACGUGGGAGAAGCAGCGGGUGUUCCUAUCGAACCCCCGUCUCAAACAGCUCUGCUAGAUGCAACCAUGGAGAUGGACGGAGUACUAUUGGCUGGAGUUCCCGGUGCGGGUGGUUUCGAUGCCGUCUUUGCUAUAACAAUUGGAAGCACCGUGAGAGAUAAACUUGAGUUGGAAUGGAGCAGGCGAGGGGUUCUAAGUUUGUCUGCACAGGAGGAUCCAAGUGGGGUGAGCUUAGAGAAAUGUGAUCCUCGCGAAGUCUGACAUGAUGUUUCAACCACGUAAUUUAUGUUUGUAACAUCAUAAAGACACAGAAGGCUCAUCAUAAACACGUGCUAGUGAUUUCAUUUAGUUGAAUUUCAAUUAAUACUUGUAAGAAAUUUUUUUGCCUCAACUUGUUUGAUUGAUUUAUCAAAUUUUCAUUAUAUGAACGGUCUAUUUAUUUCUGAAGCUGAGGGUUAAGUUCACAAAAAAUGUUGAGUCAUGAUCCACUCCAUUCAAUAAAGUUCAAGCAUGAAAUUGUUUAAAAUUU